AUGCUCUCUGAGACUCUGACAUAACAAGACAAAAUCCGUUUAUGAGUCCAAUAUAACGUUUCCUAGUUUUAUCAUUGACUGGUUCAUGUUUAGCCAGUCCGCUACAUUGACACUGUUCUGUGAAACUGAUACUUCGUGAACGUGGAUGACAUGAUUCGCUUCGAUGGAUCGUCUGGAGUUCCGCUGAACUGGGAAGCCACGUCGCUCAUUGGUCAGUAUUAGUUCCUUUUGACUACUUCGGCUUCUGCUAUUGGCUGAGCCGCAGUCAGCCUGCCCGUGGACCCGCCUCCUCCCAGCAAAACGGACAGAUUCUGAUUGAUAAUUUAAAGGCAGUCUUUCUGUUCAUCCUUCCAGUUCGCGUCUCCACCGUUUUUACAUCAAGUGUUUCAGCCAGACAGUUUUACCGCACGACCCAAGCGGACACCAAGCUCCCAGCGGUACCGGGUGAAGCCUCGGUGGCGUGAAGGCAGGUGUUGAGGACUGUCUUUCUCAUUCUGUUGUUCUGAGUCAUGGCGUCCUCUCUGCUCAGCAGGCAGCUGGCCCUCUCCCUCCAGCAGAACCUCAGGCUCACUGCACCAGGCUGCAGAUAUGUGAGUAAGGCAGCAGCGAAGACUCAGAUGGAGUUUGAAUACGAGGGGCCUUCCAUGAAGACCGAGGUCCCGGGACCACGUUCCAAGGAGCUGACCAAACGGUUGGGAGAGAUGCAGAAUGUGGGAGCAAUCAAUUUCUUCUGUAACUAUGAGGAGAGCAGAGGAAACUACCUGGUGGACGUGGACGGAAACCGCAUGCUGGACGUCUACACACAGAUCUCCUCUAUUCCUAUUGGAUACAACCAUCCCUCACUCAUUAAAGUGAUGUCCAACCCCAACAAUAUGAGUGCGUUUGUGAACAGGCCAGCUCUUGGUAUCAUGCCACCCGAGAACUUUCCGGAAAAGCUGGCGGAAAGCCUUCUCUCAGUUGCUCCUAGUGGUAUGAGUCGUGUUCAGACCAUGGCCUGUGGAUCCUGCUCAAAUGAGAAUGCAUAUAAAGCCAUGUUCAUCUGGUACAGAAAUAAGGAGAGAGGCCACAACAUCCCCUCUGAUGAAGACGUGAGCUCCUGUAUGAUCAACCAGAGCCCUGGCUGUCCAGACGUCAGCAUCCUGUCAUUUAUGGGUGGAUUUCAUGGCAGAACAAUGGGUUGCUUGGCAACGACGCACUCUAAGGCCAUCCACAAGCUGGAUGUGCCGUCAUUUGAUUGGCCGAUCGCUCCCUUCCCUAAACUGAAGUAUCCUCUGGAGGAGUUCACACGGGAGAACGCACAGGAAGAGGCCCGCUGCCUGGAGGAGGUAGAGGACCUGAUAGUCCAGUGGCGUCAGAAGGGCCGGCCGGUGGCUGGGAUAGUGAUUGAACCCAUCCAGGCUGAGGGAGGAGACAACCACGCAACACCAGACUUCUUCAAGAAGCUACGGAACAUCGCACGCAAGCAUGGCAGUGCGUUCCAUGUGGAUGAGGUGCAGACAGGUGGAGGAGCUACCGGGAAGUUCUGGGCUCAUGAACACUGGGGGAUGGACGACCCUGCUGACAUCGUCUCCUUCAGCAAGAAGAUGCUCACUGGAGGUUUCUACCAUAAAGACGAGCUGCAGGCAGACAAGGCCUACCGUAUCUUUAACACGUGGAUGGGUGACCCGUCUAAGAACCUGUUCCUGGCUGAGGUUCUGAACGUGAUCCGCCGAGAGAACCUUCUGGAGGAGGUGACCCGCUCUGGGAAGACUCUGCUACAGGGACUCUACCAACUACAGGACCAGUACCCUAACCUGUUGAGCAGUGCUCGGGGACAGGGGACAUUCUGUGCCAUCGACAUCCGUGAUGACGCCACACGCAACAGCAUCAUCCUCAGAGCCCGGGACAAGGGUGUUCUGCUGGGUGGCUGUGGAGAUCGGUCCAUCCGGUUCCGUCCUGCUCUGGUGUUUAAAGAGUACCAUGUUCACAUGUUCCUGAACGUGUUCAGCGACGUCCUGGCAGAACACAACUAGAACCCUGCCCCGGUCCCGUCCAUACUGGACUGGGCCAAACCAACAUAGGCGAAGACCAACUGGGGAUGCGGUGUAGGGGAGAGGAAGCACAAGAGUCUUAACCUAUAACAGAGGUUCACACAGUAACGCAUACACUUAAAGGGAUGCUACGGGAUUUUGGCAAUGAAGGGCUUUUUCUCCUUCCCCAGAGUCAGAUGAUACUCGUGGAUACCAUUUUUAUGUAUCUGUGUGCUGUUCGAAGGAAGUUGCUAACUAGCGCUAGCGCAAUUGCUAACUAGCAUUAGCACAAUGACUGGAAACAUUGGCUCGUGAAACUACCUCUAACUUCCUUCAACCUGGAGACACAGAGACAUAAAAAUGGUAUCUAUGAGUUCAUCUGACUCUGGGGAAGUGGAUAAAGGGCCUCACUGCCACAAUCCCGAAGUCUCCCUUUAACACAUACUCAAACACACACCAUACACACACACACACACUUGAAUAUGUCCCAUUGCUAAUGUGGCAGUCCUAGCAUUCCUCAUGUCACAGUAAUGUCCUAAUGAUACGCCUGCAAAAGGCAGAAGCACAAAACAUAGUCUUAUUUUGGUCAUAUCACACAAACCCUCCAACUCCCUAACAGAUGAAGGCACAGCCAGAUGUUUUAGAACAAACACACCUGACAGGAGUGGUUAGCAGCAAGCUAACCUAAACGAGGUUGUAAUGAUACAAAAUGGCCGCCGCACGCCGACCCUUUAGCCCCUGACCUUGAGAUGAUGUCCUAGUUUGGGUUCUGUGGGGUCCUCUGAGUGUCCUAGUUUGGGUUCUGUGGGGUCCUCUGAGUGUCCUAGUUUGGGUUCUGUGGGGUCCUCUGAGUGUCCUAGUUUGGGUUCUGUGGGGUCCUCUGAGUGUCCUAGUUUGGGUUCUGUGGGGUCCUCUGAGUGUCCUAGCUCUUUUUAACAGAACAAUUAUGUUUCCUUUUGACUUGGGUUCUCAACCCCAGACAUUGGGAUUUUGUGAAGGAGAAUAUUAUAUUAGAUGAUGUAGUGUGUCUGCAUGUUAUUGUUCCUGAACUUCCUUUGGGUUGAAGGAAUUGAGAACUGGGUUCCAGACUCACUGUACGUCAGGGCUAACAGUCUAUUUUAAACCCCCCACUUACUAACACAUAACCAUACUUACCUACAGAUAUACCCAUGUUUAAAAUUGAAGGCAGGUUUUUGCAGUCAGAACCGCUAAAUAAAAAGCUGUAUUAUAUUUGUUGACUUGUUUGGGACGUAGUCCUAUUAGAGUGCAUCUUGCCAUAUUCAUCCCGUUUCCUCGUGAAACAACUGGACUCCUUAUUGAUGUACAGCACAAGGUGUCUACGUUGUUCUCAAUGCCUGUAGUUGUUGUUGUUUUAAACGUUGUGGACAGGUUGAAAUAGCAGCAGUAACACCAAGGAGACGGCUUCAGCAUUAACCACUGUAGAAGCUUUAUAAUGUGGCCAUGACGAUGGUGAUGACGAUUACAGUGAUGAUGAUACCUGUCUUGUUAACCAGCCCAAUCAGUAUUGUAUAGAGAGCUGAUUUCCUGUUAACCCUUAACAAUAGUAGAAGCAUUGCUAUGUUUGUUUACAUUGUUCUGUGAGGUUAAAGGUUAUUGCAGAUCUCUAAUUAUUGUUGAAUUAUUGUCUAUGAAGCAUCCUCUAUGUAUCCUAAAAUAAAACCAGAAUCACAUUGUAAUGAA